GUUCCGUAUAAAGAGAAUAUUGGAGGUGGCUGCCUUAAUGUUUUAUAUAACACACCAAAGCAUUUGAUAUCAACCAUGGAGAAGAUCGUCUUCUACGAGGACAGGAACUUCCAGGGUCGAUUCUACGAGUGCGAAAAUGACUCCAGCGACCUGCACACGUACUUCAGCCGCUGCAACUCCAUCAGGGUGGAGGGAGGAUUCUGGGUGGUCUACGAGAGACCCAACUACAUGGGCUACCAGUACGUCCUGAGCCGAGGAGAGUAUCCCGACUACCAGUACUGGCUGGGCAUCAACGACGCCAUCAGGUCCUGUCGCGUUAUUAGGAAUGUGGGGAACUCUUGGAGGAUGAAGGUUUGGGAGAGGCCCAACUUCGAGGGCCAGUCGAUGGAGGUGGCGGACAACAUGCCCGCCUUCCAGGAGCGCUGGCACAGCCGAGACGUCCACUCCUGCAAGGUGUUCGAGGGCGCCUGGGUCUUCUACGAGCACCCCAACUACAGGGGGCGCCAGUACCUGCUGGAGAGGGGCGAGUACCGGCGCUACUCCGAGUGGGGCGGCAUGCAGCCCGGGGUCGGGUCCAUCCGCCGGGUCAAGGACCACUAGCCCUGACGUGUAAAACUGGGUGACAUCUUGAACAAUAAAAUCAUGAUACCAAAUAUCGCCUUGCUGCCUUUUUAAAAAUUAAAUUCUUUUGAUUCCAUA